GCAAAGUAUUUUCUCCCAGCAGCUUUCCAUGAUAUCAGAAGGCAUAUUGAUGCUUAGUGCAGAAGAUUCAUUUAAGGGUGAUCAGGCUGGAAUGUCAAUGGAAACAUGAAAACUAAAACCAAAGGAAAGAAGCAAAGGCUUACUGUUGAUAAAGAAGCAUUUUCAGAGGAGUCAACGGUGAGAAAGAAAGAACUGGUGAAACGCUUGCAACACAAAGAAAGGAGGAAGGGGGGAAGCAAGGAAAGCAGCAAGAGUACUGCAGCCAGAGCCAAGCAUGCUUGGAGCAAUACAGACAGACGGUUGAGGAGGCUGGAAAGCAAUGAACGUGAGAGGCAGAGAAUGCACAAGCUCAACAACGCUUUCCAGGCCUUGCGGGAGGUGAUCCCCCAUGUGAGAGCUGACAAUAAACUUUCCAAAAUAGAGACUCUGACGUUGGCCAAAAAUUACAUUAAAUCCUUGACCUCUAUUAUACUCAAUAUGUCCAAUGGACAUUUUCCAGCUGCAGAAGGAACAGGGGGAACCAGUGGAUCAAAACUGCAGCAGCAAUACCAACAGCAGCAUGGGGAUGGUGGACAUGAAGAAAGUGUAAAAAAAUAUUCCAUGCCGAUUCAGAGCUUCAGCCAAAGCAGCCAUAGUUAG